ACGUUCGGCGCUGGGCGAGUAGAGUUCGACCCGUGGGUGAGCCGACAUGUACACGCAUGAGAGAUGGAGAUGACAUCGUGUGCCCAUGUGUCGUGUGUGCAGGUGAGUGUACGUGAGUCCUGGGUUCUUCAAAAUGGAUGACGGAGCAGAUUUGCCGCCCCGCCGAGAUAUACGCAGACGGAAAAGUCAUGCUCGACAGACGCAGAAAAAACAGACACAGAAUGACACGCAUCGGAUAUGCGUCUAUGGCUGCAGUGCUGGAGGGCGGGUACACUCCACAAAUGCUCUUUGGAGCGUCCAUUCCGUCAGUCGAGGCCCUCCUCAAGACGAUCGCCAGAGACGCCGCACUCACGCCAGAGGCAUUCGAGCUGUCGCCCGUCAAAGCAUGGACCGGUAAACCCAGCCAUCGCAAUGAUGAUGCUUUCCUUGUAUCAUCUAUUGUAUUUGCAUCGCUUACCAGGGGGGUUUCCCACCCACAGGGUGUUGCGGGACGAUGGCGACAUGAAAAGAUGCCCAAAUCCAUCAUGCUCUUCACUCGUGAGAAGGAAAUGAUCGAUCAAUUCAUAUGGAUGCCCUUUCUCUGUCUAUCGUCAGCUGGUGAAGAAGCUUCAGCAGCUGUACAAGCGCUUUAGCCCCCUCAAUCCUCUCCCCCCGCCCCCGCCAAUGCCCAAGACGGAGCCCACACCCACUCCUCCGCCAGCCACCGCUCCAGAGACGCGACGGACGCACCAAGAAAGCCGAACGGAGCGAACCAGCCGCCAAGCCAAAGCCACCCAUCAAGACGGGAGUGUGGUGGUCCGAGAAAUUUCGGGCGUGGGAGGCAAGGUCGUACACGAGAUGGACGACCCAAAGCAGAAGGCCAAGUACUUUCAUGUCAAGGAUCAUGGAUUCGAGAAAGCAUAGGUACCAUAGCCAACAUCCCACCCAAGCCAAUACAUCCUUUCCUCUGCUCUCCUUGUCUUCCCUCAUCAUGUGUCAUCAGAUAUUGGCCGAAAGUUUCGUCUCAAGCUAGAGCGGACCGAAAGGGUGGCGACGAAGAAGAGGCUCGAGCUGGAGCACCACAGCGGCUUGGAGGGGGUCACCUUUGAGAACAACGCGUUGAGGGCCUGCUGGAUGGAGGGCGGGAAGAGGAAGCGAAGAAAAUUCGACCCGCAAGCUGGGAUACGAGGGUGCUAAACAAGCGGCCAUCACCCACCGCCGCCAGAUGAAAGAACGGCACCAUCCCAUUCUCAAGGGCGAGGCCAUGUAAGACAGCGAGCAGGACGAGGACACCGAGGACAUGGGCAGUGGCGCCGCUACUCCAAGACCAACAGGCAAAUCGACAAACAACCGGUGCGGUUCAGGAGGGCAAGCGCACCGGGAUCGCGAUCGUGACCGAGAUCGUGAAAGUGACAGCAGCGCGGACGACAGAGACACAAAGGGCACCGCCACUGGCCGAGGGGUCCAUGCGACGGCCAUGCAGCGCCGUCUCAGGCGUGAGGUACGACACUACGCCGAGAGUGAUGGCUGUGAAGAGGCUGAAGAGGACGCAGGGCAUCACCAUUAUGC